AGCGAGGUAGCGAGUGCUGCAGCGGCAGUCGUCUCCCCUUACCACCGCCACCCGAGGGAAGCAACCCAGACUCUCCGGCAGGGAAGAUGGAAGUAGGUGCUCCAAAGCAUAUCAUCCAGAUGACGGGAUUUAAGAUGGAAGAAAAGGAAGCUCUAGGCAAAUUGCUUUUAAAACUAGAUUGCACUUUUAUUAAGAGUGAGAAAUACAAAAAUUGUACCCAUCUUAUAGCUGAACGCUUGUGUAAGAGUGAAAAGUUUUUAGCAGCUUGUGCAGCAGGAAAGUGGGUACUAACUAAGGACUACAUAAUUCAUAGUGCCAAAAGUGGCAGAUGGCUUGAUGAAACAACUUAUGAAUGGGGCUAUAAAAUUGAAAAAGACUCCCAUUUUUCACCUCAAAUGCAAUCUGCACCUAAAAGAUGGCGGGAAGAACUGAAACGCACUGGCGCUCCAGGAGCCUUCCAUAGAUGGAAAGUUGUCCUUCUUGUUAGAGCUGAUAAACGAAGUGAUUCUCUUGUAAGAGUUCUGGAGGCUGGAAAAGCAAAUGUUAUUUUACCAAAAAGUUCACCAUCUGGAAUAACUCAUGUGAUUGCCAGUAAUGCAAGAAUCAAGGCUGAGCAAGAAAAAGACAACUUUAAGGCUCCAUUUUAUCCAAUUCAGUAUCUAGGGGAUUUUCUUUUAGAGAAAGAAAUUCAGAAUGAUGAAGAUUCCCAGACCAAUUCUGUUUGGAAUAAACAUUUCAAUCUGGAAAAAAGCAAAGAUUUCUGGAAGGAUAGGGAUCUUGAAAUGAAAGGUGCCUUAAAAGAGAGCAUGCGUAGAAGCCAGAAAGAAAUGCAAAAUCAUGAUGAAGAUGGUAACGUUAGUUCUCUUUUGACCGACCAUCACAAGAAAGAAAAAUUCAGAGAUUCCAGUAAAGAUCUGAAAUUUGUUAAAAUGAGAGAUGUCUUAGGAAGGCACACAUGUGGAAGUCAGAAGGAAAUUAAGAAAAAGGAUGAAGAUAUUCAAAGGAGUUAUACAUUGAGGAAAAAACGCAAAAAAGGAAAUGAAAGAGAUUCCAGGAAAGACACUAAACGUCACAAAAUUAAAAGUACCUCAAGAAAGCACAUAUAUAGAGAUCAGAAAGAACUGAAGAAUUCUCUUUUUGCUGAUCGUGCCAAAGAAUCAAAACCCAAGGAUGUCAGGACAGAUGUGGAUAUUGUUGAAAUAAAAAAUGACUUAAGGAAGCACAUAUAUAGAGCUCAGGCUAUCAGAUACAGCUGCAUUAGAAUAGAUAAACAACCAGUGUACAAUAUUGAGGUUAAAAAUGCUGAAUUUCCCAGAGGUGUAUUAAAUUUAAUUGAAAGUCUCAUAGAGGGACAGUUUUUUAAAGAGGCAAUUGAAGAGCUUUCUUCGUUACAAGCACAUUAUAUCCCGCCUGUAUGCCUUCUUCAUGCUCUUCUAGAGAACAUUCUACAGGAUAACAUAGAUACAUUUUCUGGCCGAUACUUUGAUAUAUUGUCUGCUCUUCUUCACCUGCAUCCUCCUUGGAAGUCCCCGGCCAUGUCAAGAUACUACUUAGAGCUGUUUCAGUGUCCAACUUGUAUGAAAGGAGCAUGGUCUCUAAUAGAAGUGCUUAUCAAGUCUUGUCUUUACAAUGAAAGUUUUUGUCAUCAAAUUUCGAAAAAUAUUAUUGGCAGUAAGGUGCUCCACCUGACCCUGCUCAAAUUUUUCUUUAAUUUAGUGGAAAGUGAAGUGCGACAUCUGAGCCAAAAGUUGUAUGACUGGUCAGAUUCUCAGAAUCUGAAAAUAACAGGAAAGGCAAUUCUUCUUGAAAUCUUUUGGUCAGGAAAUGAGGCCUCUGGGCUUUUGACCAAACCAGUAAAUAUGCUUUUGGAGUGGACUAUAUAUUCUCACAAGGAAAAGUGCAAGUCUAAUGAUGUCUUCAAACAUGAACUAGCCUACUUACUGACUGGAAUUCUUGGAGCAGCAAUAGAUUAUUGGAUCUUCCUUGGCUUGAAAAGGGGUAAAAAUGUGAUGCGUCACAUGUCUGAUGACUUAGGAAGUUAUGUUUCCCUUUCAUGUGAUGACUUUUCUUCACAGGAAUUAGAGAUUUUCAUUUGUUCCUUCUCCUCCUCUUGGCUUCAAAUGUUUGUGGCAGAGGCAGUCUUUAAAAAGUUGUAUUCACAGAGUUCCAUCACCAUGUCUUCUGAGCCACUCUCUCUCCAAAAAAUGGUAUAUUCCUAUUUGCCAGCUUUGGGGAAGGCUGGUGUGCAUGGGGCUGGAAAGAUGCAGAUAGCAAAGAAAAUAGGACCGCGGCCUUGCCUUGAAUCUCAGAGAGCCUUGUUAAUGCUGAAUGGUGCCACACAGAAACAAGUAGAAGGGCUGCCAGAGUUACCAGAGCUGAACGUUGCUAAAUGUUCCUCAUCGUUAAAAAGAUUGAAAAAGAAGUCAGAAGGAGAAUUAUCAUGUUCCAAGGAGAAUUGCCCCUCUUUAGUUACAAAGAUGAAUUUUCACAAAACUAAUCUAAAAGGAGAAACAGCCCUCCAUAGAGCUUGCAUAAAUAACCAAGUGGAGAAAUUGAUUCUUCUUCUCUCUUUGCCAGGAAUAGACAUCAAUGUUAAAGACAAUGCUGGCUGGACGCCUUUGCAUGAAGCCUGUAACUAUGGCAACACAGUGUGUGUCCAGGAAAUUUUGCAACGUUGUCCAGAGGUAGAUCUGCUCACUCAAGUGGACGGGGUGACUCCUUUGCAUGAUGCACUGUCAAAUGGACAUGUAGAAAUUGGCAAGCUGCUGCUACAGCAUGGGGGCCCGGUGCUUUUGCAGCAGAGGAACUCUAAGGGGGAAUUGCCCUUGGACUAUGUGCUGUCAUCUCAAAUCAAGGAGGAACUCUUUGCUAUUACAAAAAUAGAAGAUACAGUGGAGAACUUUCAUGCACAGGCAGAGAAACAUUUUUACCACCAGCAACUUGAAUUUGGUUCAUUUCUACUUAGUAGGAUGUUGCUAAAUUUUUGUUCAAUUUUUGAUUUGUCUUCAGAGUUCCUCUUAGCCUUCAAAGGGUUAACUCAUCUAAAUGAGCUGCUUGGGGCCCGUAAGAAUUAUAAAGAAACCACCAGUGCUCAUACUGACUGGUUAUUGGAUCUUUAUGCUAGAAAUAUAAAGGCGUUGCAGACCCUCCCAAAUAUUCUUAAGGAACUGCCUGAGAAUGUAAAAUUGUGUCCUGGAGUGCACACUGAGGCCUUAUUGGUGACCCUGGAAAUGAUGUGUCGUUCAGUCGCAGAGUUUUCAUGAUGCUGCAGCUUUCCAGACGUACUUAGCGUGCAUUGUUAUUUCUCAUGGACUUCGUAGCUUAUUAACAAAUAACUAAGUUUAUUUAUUUAUUGACAGAUUUUCAGCUUUGCUAAAUUUCAUGAGCACUUAAAGAGCUGCUGCAAAACUAUAAAUGUGGGCCUCUGGCUUUUUCAUGUUGUAGAAUUUGACUCAAAAGUAAAAAGAGUUUUAUGUGGUAUACACUGCUUUCAUUAAUCUUUAUUAUUUCUUGUUCUGAAAUGAUAUUUAUUUAUAUUGUACAUGUAAAACAUUUUAAUUUAAAUAUUUUUUCAAAUCAAAAUGUAAUGUCCUCUAUUCUGGGGAUUUAAGGUCUUAGAAUCAUGGCAAGGAUAUUCAUGCACAUAUGUACCUACAAGCAUGUAGCUGCCUGUUUUCUUUGUAGGUUGUUGAGAUGUACUAUUCAGUUUAGUUUUGUGGUAAAAUAAACAUUUCUAAAAUUUACAAUAAUAAUACUCUCUUGGUUUUUAAGUGCAGUGAAUGUGCCAAGUUUGACAGUUUGAUCCCUUGAUCUGCUUUAUUUUAGUGGUUCAUGUACAAAGUUUGUUUCUACUCCAUGUGAUCAGUAUUCUGUAAGUGAAAACAUACUGCUACAUGGUGGUGUGCUUAACAGAGCUGACUACAAUAAAAGGAAAAAAGUUUACAGUCUAGGAAGAAAUAGAGUGAACAUAUCUGGGUUUUUAAACUGCUUUCCUGAAAUAUGAUCCAGUAGUAUUGAAUUGACAAGUGAGUUACAUCAGUCAUUCUGGGAAAGAGAAUUAUAAUUGAAAAGAAUGACACUAUUGCUUAAUCUCCCUCCAGCCCAUUCUCCUGUCUGAUACCAAGUCAAAAACUCAACUGAAACAAAGGAAAAAAGGUAAUGGUGACUUCCCUUCUAACUCCUGCUGAACCUUCCUUGGAGGAAAAUUGCCCCUAAGAGCCCUGGAGGUGACUCAAUAUGGGGGCAUCAGAAGACCUUGAACUCACAUCCUCACACUUCAAAUCUACAGCUACAUACAGAACAGUUCCCUCUGAAAAAGACCUGAAAACCAGUUGAGCAACUUCUGCACAUCAGGCAAACAAGCAAAAGGCCAAACUGAAGAAGGAAAUUGACAGAACUUUCAGAAAACCAAAGACUGGCAGAAACAAAGUAAAUAAUGAUGAAACUGAGCAAUAGAUCACCCAGGAGGAGUAUCCCCUGCCAAAAGAAUGUGGCAUUUCACCCUCUGAGAGACAAAUGGACACUGUCCCACAGAAGGGCCCGGCUCCCAUGUCAGCGUCACUCACUCACUUCUUUAUCCUCUCGCCAAAGGAAGCCACUUCAUCUAGGAUGUUCUGGACACUGAUACAAACCUCCUGGAUGGCAUAGAUUUUAUUUAUAAAUCCCUUUUUUUCACUGUCCUAAAAUACAAUUAAGAAAAAAGAGAUUCUGUAUGAGUAAAGGUACUCUUCAGUGUUUGAAUUCUUGAAUUGUUCUCUUAAAUUUUUAAACUUAAAUAAAUUUCAUCACUGUGUAUA